AUGUUCGCGAGGCGGCUCACUUCUUUCUUCAAGCGAUCAUCAACAUCAAGCUCGGAGAAAGCUGGAAAAGAGGGGACAUUGGGCUCUUUUGGUCGGAAAGCAGUGUCUUUUGUCUUGAUUACAGUCACUGGUGGUGUUGCUUUGAGUGCUCUCGAUGACCUUUCGAUCUACCGUGGAUGUAGCAGCAAGGCGAUGGAGAAGGUGAUGAAUAGUAAGGCAAUGAUUGAAGCCAUUGGAGAGCCAAUUGAAAAAGGGCCAUGGUACAAUGCAUCACUAGCUGUUUCUCACCAAAGGCACUCAGUGUCUUGUUCGUUUCCUGUGAUUGGACCACAAGGCACCGGAAUCUUGCAUCUCAAAGCUGUUCGCAAUGGAGAAGAUAGCUUGUUUGGGUUUCUACAGCAAAAGGACUGGGAGAUUCUGAUAAUGGACGCACUUGUCCACGUACCUUCAAACGAUGGACCUCAACAAACACUGAGAAUCAACGUCUCGGACUCUGACAUUGUUGCUCCUUCAGCUGGUACCGACUUGAAACCUUCUAAACCAGAAGAGCCAGAGAAGAGCUAA